AUGGCCACCAACCUACUCAAACUGAACAACAAUAAAACAGACCUCAUGGUGGUGGCCCCUCCAUCUCUGUCCAAGGAAGUUGGUGAUAUCCUUCUGAAUGUGGAUGGCUGUACCAUCAGGCCUUCCCAAGAAGUGCGCAACUUGGGUGUUAUCCUGGACUGUAACCUCUCACUCCAAGCCCACAUCAGUAACGCCACCAAAUCCGCCUUCUUUCACCUCAAAAACAUCUGCAGACUCCGGCCCUCACUAUCAGACUCUGUUGCAGAGACUCUGAUCCAUGCUUUCAUCUCCUCCCUUCUGGACUACUGUAAUGGUGUCCUUUAUAGUCUUCCCACCGAAGCACUGGACAGACUACAGCAUGUCCAAAACUAUAUGUCAAAAAUAUGA